AUGGCCAUAUUCUCAGUUGGCGAGAAGGUCGAUGCGUUCAAGAACGUUGUACGAUCCGACACCAGCACCAAUAGACUGAAGAGAUUCGUGAUCGAAGGAACACCAAAGCUUCCGGGUGCUGCGACACAUUACUUGCUAGACAAGGUCCCUAUAGUUCAAUGGCUUCCCCGAUACCAUCCAUCAUGGCUUCUUCAGGACUUCAUUGCUGGCCUAACGAUAGGCGUGAUGCUGAUUCCACAAGGUCUGGCUUAUGCUAAGAUCGCAACUAUCCCUAUAGAGAACGGUCUCUACAGUGCUUGGGUUCCAGCAGCUGUCGCAGUCUUCAUGGGUACAUCGAAAGAUCUCUCCUCCGGUCCGACUUCUAUCCUCGGCCUGUUGACGGCGGAAAUCGUUGAAAGUUACUCCGAUGAAUAUAGUCCAGCAGCCAUCGCCAGUGCCGUUGCAUUCAUGGUCGGUGUAUAUUCCUUGAUACUUGGACUUCUUGGACUAGGUUUCCUCCUUGAUUAUGUCUCUGUGCCUGUCCUGACAGGCUUUAUUUCUGCUACUGCCCUUACUAUCGGCUUCGGGCAACUCGGUAGCCUUAUUGGACUCAGUAACACACCUUCCAUGGUUUUCGACAUCAUUGGCGACGCGCUUAAAAGACUGCCCAAGUGGGAUGGCCCGACGUGUGGCAUAGGCAUUGGGUCCAUCCUGAUGCUCAUCGCUUUGGAGAAGCUUGGCAAAAGAUACGGUACAAGGCACUGGGUAUUAAAAUAUUUUUCCAGUAGUCGAGCCAUCAUUGUCCUUUUCAUCUUCACGCUUAUCAGCUAUCUUGUCAAUAAGGACCGUGGAGACAAGCUGGUGUGGGCAAUCUCUAAAGUCAGCACUCACGGAAUCGCUACCCCCAAGGCACAUGACACUGGGCUCAUUGCGAAAGCAGCGACUCGUGCCUUUGCACCGCUGAUUGCUUGCACAUUGGAACACCUUGCCGUUGGCAAAGCUUUCGGGAGGAGAAAUGGUUAUACCAUUGACCAAACGCAGGAACUCAACUAUCUCGGCAUCACUAAUCUAGUCAAUUCCUUUUUUGGUGCUAUGCCUGUUGGCGGUGCUAUGUCACGAACUGCUGUCAACUCGGAGUGUCGUGUUCGAAGCCCUUUGAACGGAUUGGUUACCGCCGCUUGGAUUAUCUUAACCAUCUAUGUUUUCUCACCCGCUUUGUACUGGAUUCCGAAGGCAACGCUUGCCGCUAUAAUUAUCAUGGCUGUCAUCAACUUGUUCGGCCCUGUCUCACUCUUUUACCGAUACUGGCGUAUCUCCAUGGCUGAUUUCGUUGCGUCACAAUUGUCAUUCUGGAUCACAAUAUUCGUAUCAGCCGAGAUCGGUAUUGGUGUCGGAGUCGCCUGGAGUAUCGUCUGGUCGUUGCUGAGAUCUGCCUUUGUAAAACCCGACGUCAAUAUGAGCCCAAAUGGCGACACUACUGGAGAAUCACAAACCUUGGGUCGUUUCAACACAGCACCGGGUGAUCUCUCUGCCGUCAAUGUUCCAAGCGACACGGUCGUCGUUCAUUUCAACGACUCUAUUUUCUUCCCCAAUGCAGCAAGGGGCAAGCGCGUCACAGUAGAGGCAAUCCAGCUCGUCUAUGACAAGCUUCCAGACAGCACGGUAUUCCGUUCGCGUGAACGCUCAUGGAGUGUGGCCGCGGAACGUCGGGUGGAGCGGAUCCGCAGGGAUCGCAGCAUUGCGCUACGCGAUGUUCCCCUGUCGGUGGUGAUCUUUGACUUUACCAUGGUAUCAUGGAUCGACACCACGGGUGUACUAGCGCUCGGAGAAUUGGAAGCUGAUAUCCGUAUACACUGCGGGAAAGAAGUUCAGUUUCGCUUCGUCGGCAUGAACGGGAGUGUCCGCGAGCGCUUCGCGCGGGCCAACUGGACACUUACCGUGUUUGGCGAUGGCCACCAGGAAGGUGUUGACAUACUCUAUCCUUCUCUUGAAAGAGCCAUCGUUGAUCGAGAAAGACUUGGUAGCGUACUGGAGCAUGUGAUCGCGGAGAAGGCUAUGGACUAG